AUGCUCCAAUCUCUUGCCUUAUGGAACCCGUCUUUCACCGCUGCGAUGCAGACGGAGUUAGAAACUGGCGACUCUCCUUUCACGAUAUUUAAUUUUUCCAACGUCGACUCCAACAACUAUCCAUCGACCAGGUCUUGCGUGUUGAGGGGCUUCCUCUUUGACCAGGAGAAGACCAACGUUUUGGUUUUCACCACUGACAAGCGAUCGAGUAAGUACAAGGAUUUGUUGUUGAAUCCGAGAUUCGACGCCUGCUUCUACUUCCACAAGUUGAAGAAGCAGUUUAGGUUCAGAGGUACGGUGAGGAUGAUCAGUGACGACCUUACCCCCGUUAUCGCGUACGAGAACCCCAGCGCCAUUAAUGAACAAUCGAACGACAGAGCUGACUCCGACACAUCCUCCGUUGACGACGAGAGCCAGUCGUUGAUAAGCCAAUAUCUCUCUUUGUCCAACAACGAAGGAUCCUGCCAAAUCACAGAACCGUUGCACUACAAAUUGUUUUCUCCCAGUUUUAUAAAAUCGUUCGAGGACUCCUCCGUUUCGUUGUCUGACCUGGGCCACAGAAUGACCAAAACGGAGUCUGUGUCGAAGACGCCCACUGCCGAAGAAUGGGAGAACGAACGUCUCCGGGUUUGGAAUGCAUUGUCUAGAAAUAUGAGAAAAUCCUACAAAAAGCCCCUACCAGGGUCUCCGCUUACAGAAGAAAACAGAAAAUUAUUAGAUGCAAUCAAUAGAGGUGUUGAUGGUAACAAUUCGUCUACGGGAUACGAGAACUUUGUCGUUAUCUGCAUGUUUGUCGAUUUGGUGGAUGAGGUGGUUCUCGGCGGGAGUGGUUACGACAGGAGAUAUCUCUAUAGAAGGACACACAACGAUACCUGGAAGGAACAUGAAGUGUGCCCAUAA